AUGAGCAUCUCCCGUUUCCUUCCACACAAUGCCAAUCCCCUCGACUGCAGAGAGAUUGCUGGAGAGGUGUCCAUCCCACACCUUGUGUGCCUGCAUUGUUACUGCCUGGAGAUUUUGCACACACGAACCACACUCCGCCACGCCGCACGCACCUCUUGUGCAGAAGAAGUGAUCGUGCUGGAAAGCUGUCCCGCCCGCACCUUGUGCGCAUGCACUGCUACUGACUGGAUGUUUCGCACGCACACACCCCGUCCCGCUUAUCCUCCUUUGUCCCCUUUUCAAAUCACUGCAGAGAGAGAUAAUCGUGCUGGGGCGGCUGUCCCACCCGCGUCCUGCGCGUCUGCACGUCCACUGCAUGGACCCUUCACAUCCCUCUACCCCAACCCGCCACCCUCCCAACCCUUGUGCGUCUGCACGGUUACUGCAGGGAGGGCCCAACCCAGCCCAUCCAUCUUUUCAACUCCACUUCUCCAACCCUUCUCGACCCCUCUCGUGCAGAGAGAGGUGAUCGUGCUGGGGCGGCUGUCCCACCCGCAUCUCGUGCAUCUGCACGGCUACUGCAUAGAAGACCACGAGGCUCUGCUCGUGUACGAAUUCAUGACUGGUGGCAGCUUGGACAAGGCUCUAUUACACAGUGCAAAGGAAGAGCUCUUCUUCAGCUGGAGCAUGCGACUCAAGGUGGCGGUGCAGGUGGCAGAGGCGCUGGCGUAUCUGCACAAAUCCAAAAUUAUUCACCGGGAUUUGAAAGCAGCCAACGUGCUGCUCUCUCCUGUGAGUGCAUGUAAGGGCAUGGGAGAGAGGGGAGGUAGCAGGGCAGAUAGUACAGGCAGCAAGCUCUCAACGCUGCUUUCACCAUCCCUCUAA